GCCAAUUUGCAGCGCUUCGUUGUUCGACUACCACCAUAACCACACCGACUGCUGAGACUUUAUUCACUUUGUGGGAACUGCAACACAGGACGUCACAAGUGCUGUCCUGUCCUGCCCAUCUGUUCUGCCCGGUUAGAGCUUGGUGUGAUGAGAGUGGUAACCUUCAGCUCUUCUCAAGACCAGACAAAACGGCAGGUAUGGAUGAUGGCAGCCUAGAGCAUGAAAUUAACUUGGCAUUACCUGACCUGCAUGAAGAGACAACAAGGACACUUAUUGAACACCUAAGAGAUAUUAUUGGUGUCAGAAACAGAGAAGAUCUCUUGUUUGUUGAGCCCGGCGACCUCAAGUCUUUCCUGACGCCAAUACAAAGUCAAAGACUCAUUCAAGUAUUCAGAAAAGAUGACCAAGUGGAGUCAAAUUCUUCAAACCCCUCAACGGAACCUGAAACCGACAGUCCACCAACUGUGCUUGUGUCACUACAGGGUUAUUCACUCCAUCCUCCACAAGCAUCAGGCCUUCUUCCUUCCACACAACCAAAUGCAAGCAACGCCUCCUGGAUCAGCAGUUUCUUGGUUCCGUGGGAGAAGAUGCCGACAAGACUCUCACAAGCCAUGGCAACUGGCAGAAUGGCUCACCCAGAAGACAGGAGAAUAAUGAUUAGGACUGUUGUAGAAGGAAUGCGAGUACACUGCUCCAACCCCAAUAGAGCUGCUUGUGCAGAGGUAGCUAGAGCUAUUGUAUCUAAGUAUCCCGCUACCUUUGCAGAUAAGACUGCAGAAGGUGAGCAGUUAGGCUGUGGUUAUUAUUCCCUACUGAAACAGCUUAAGACGAGAGUUGAACAUGUAAACAGAGACAAUGUCAGCAGCAGAAUCCGACAGCCAAGGAAAAGGUCUACAAGUGAAAACGGUGAUCCUGCCAUCAAAAGAGGGAGAUCUGAACUUGAUAGCUAUGGUUGCAUCAACUGGCAACCCACAACUCUACCAGAAGGAGAAACAGCUGAAACCUUAGAGACAAAAAGACAGAUUAUGUCAACUGUCUUCAGAUCAGCAGGUCCUCAAGCUAUUGAGACAACAGAUGUUAAUGAAUUGAUGUCAUUGACUUACACUUACCAGCGACACAUGCUUAACUCUUGGCCUGCCCCCACUUUAUGUGAGAUUCAAGAGCAUUGGCCAUUUCUGUUUACUAAAAGAGGCCUCUGCAUGCACUUCCACACACUCACUGAUAUUGAGGUGGACACACGCCUCAGUGAAGCUCUUCGUACGAAGGGAAGGAGAAUUUGGAACUUCUUUCAAAGCCAGAGACUCAAGUGGAGCAAGGAGACUGAACAUCUACUACGGGAGUGUGACAGUGCAGAGUUGAACCAAAACCAGAUCGCCACAACAGUCAUCCUUCUACUGAUGAAGUACUUCCAAGAAAAAGAGGACUCAAUCUUCAUCUUGGCUGAUGCAUUUUCCACUAAGAUGUCUGUUGAAAGUGAGAUGACCUUACCCACCGCACCAAGGGUAAUAGUGCUUGGAAAUGAUUUGGUGUCUGCAACCCGGUGGAUGGUCAGUAUGGAGGGCAAGGUAUUCUUUGAGCCUGAGCAGCUGCAUGACUUUGCCAGCGCCCUUGCUGUCUUCUUUGCAUCAUACUACGUCUUCAACCUGGAGUAUCAAGAGUCAGCAUCCACCACGAUGGAGAUGAUACUGAGGUAUGUACUUAGCACCAUCAACCAUUUAAGAAUGAAAUCUAGUGCAUGA